GGUUGGCCGCCCAAGAUGCCGCUCCCAUUGGCGCUUCAGGCUCGGCUGGCAAAGAGAGGGAUACUGCGGCACGUGGAUUCAGAGCCGGCGGAGGAGAUCAUCGCAGAGGAUUAUGAUGACGACCACGUGGAUUAUGAGGCGACGCGCGUAGAGAGCCUGCCCCCCAGCUGGUACAAGGUGUUUGAUCCCAUUUGCGGGCUGCCCUAUUACUGGAAUGUGGAGACCGACCUGGUCGCCUGGCUCUCCCCCAACGACCCAGGUGCAGUCAUUACCAGAGCCGCCGCCAAGCAGAAAGUUACGGAACCGGAGGAGAAGCCUCUGGAGCGGGAGGAAGUGAUUAUGAAGGAAAGGAGGUUUUCUCGUCGGGAAGAAGUGGCCCCGUACCCCAAAUCCAAAAAAGG